CUGUGCCUCUGAUGCACCCUCUGAGCGCCUGCAGGGUGCCAGGCACAGGGUGGGGCUUGCAGCAGUGGGAAAGUUUUCCCUUCUUCCCGUCUAAGGAGUUUGGCCAGUCUAUUGAAUUGAUAUAAGACAGAUUAAUAGGAGAAAACCAAAAGUUUAAUAAUGUAUAUACCUCUUGAAUACUUGGGAGAGACCCAGGAAAACUCCCUGAAAUGAAGCCAUCACCUUAAAUAACCAUCUCUGCUAAAGACAAGAGAUGCUGGGGGUCUGUUACGGGAGGUUACCGGGAAGGGCGUGGUAAACAAGGGCAAGAUUGUUAUGCAGGUUUACACGGCUGCUUUCUCCUUUGAUAAGUGAGAAGCCGGGUGGGGCGGGCAGGGAGGCACUGGAGCCUGAAAAGCAGAAGCGGGAGGAAGGAGAGCUGCGGAAAGAAUCGGAAACAGCAUGUAUACGCACCUCCCCCAGAGCGGCUCUCCGUUCCCAGCCUCGGUGCAGGAUCCUGGCCUGCACGUAUGGCGGGUGGAGAAGCUGAAGCCAGUGCCGGUGGCACGUGAGAAUCAGGGCAUCUUCUUCUCGGGGGACUCCUACCUAGUGCUGCACAACGGCCCGGAGGAGCUCUCCCACCUGCACCUGUGGAUAGGCCAGCAGUCAUCCCGGGAUGAGCAGGGGGCCUGUGCCGUGUUAGCCGUGCAUCUCAACACCCUGCUCGGGGAGCGACCCGUGCAGCACCGAGAGGUGCAGGGCAAUGAGUCCGACCUCUUCAUGAGCUACUUCCCGCGUGGCCUCAAGUACCAGGAAGGUGGAGUGGAGUCAGCGUUUCACAAGACCUCUCCGGGGGCCACUCCAGCUGCCAUCAAGAAACUGUACCAGGUGAAGGGGAAGAAGAACAUCCGUGCCACCGAGCGGCCGCUGAGCUGGGACAGCUUCAACACCGGGGACUGCUUCAUCCUGGACUUGGGCCAGAACAUCUUCGCCUGGUGUGGUGGAAAAUCCAACAUCCUGGAGCGCAAUAAGGCACGAGACCUUGCCCUGGCCAUCAGGGACAGUGAACGACAGGGCAAGGCCCAGGUGGAGAUUGUCACUGAUGGGGAAGAGCCUGCUGAGAUGAUCCAGGUCCUGGGUCCCAAGCCUGCUCUGAAGGAGGGGAACCCUGAGGAAGACCUGACAGCUGACCGGACAAAUGCCCAGGCCGCGGCUCUGUAUAAGGUCUCCGACGCCACUGGACAGAUGAACCUGACCAAGGUGGCCGACUCCAGUCCCUUUGCCCUCGAUCUGCUGCUGUCUGAUGACUGCUUCGUGCUGGACAAUGGGCUCUGUGGCAAGAUCUACAUUUGGAAGGGGCGAAAAGCUAACGAGAAGGAGCGGCAGGCAGCUCUCCAGGUGGCAGAGGACUUCAUCUCUCGCAUGCACUAUGCCCCCAACACUCAGGUGGAGAUUCUGCCCCAGGGCCGCGAGAGUCCCAUCUUCAAGCAAUUCUUCAAGGACUGGAAAUGAGAGUGGGCAUCUCCCUGCCCCUGGCCUCCUACCCGCUUUUUCCUGCUCUGGCUGCCUGGUCAGUGCUGAGGUGCCCGUGAGGACGUUCAAUAAAGGAGACAAGUGCCUCCCCAGU